UAACGUCAGCAUGUCGCGCCUCGCUAUCGUACGUAGAAUCACGGACGAAUCAAACAUGGCGAUUCGGUCGCUGUUUACGGUACGAGCAUACGGUUACUAGUGCCGUGGUGGGUGGUACCAGUACGCGAGAGUGACUCUUCGACGUUAGUGCGUGAUCGUGCCAUCGCGUAUUAACGGACCCCGGGACAUAUCGCGGGCAUGGAGCUACACGGAACGGAAACGCCGACGAAGAAAGUGUCGGGCGACGCCGAUGAUGGAGAACGCGACGCAAAGGGCGUAGAAGCUGGGCCAACGCCUGCGACGUCAUCGCCUCCGCGAGUCGAGCGAGUACCGCGAUCUGCCGGCGAGAACACGGAGCGGAACGUCGAUUGCUCCAACGGAAGAAAUCAUCCAAAAUCACUUGUAAACACCUGUGGAAGAUUGGAAAGCGGUAGUGGCAGUGGUGAUCAAGACGGUGGUCAGCACGAGGACGGAACAGACAUCGCAGCGAAGAAGAGAAAAACUCGAAGAGGCAAACCCAAGCAUAAAAAAUUAAAGCCAUAUUCGAAGCAGUUAUCUUAUCAGCAACAAUUGCGGAGCAAAUGUAUUGGUAGGAUUGCUAAAACCAGUAGGCAACCACCAGCUUUGUACAAUACCACGCAAUUCCUUAUGGCCGAUCACAGCGAUUUGCCUGAUCUCGAGCAAAAAUUAUCAGAAGCUGCAUCAUUAGAAGUACCUGCUAUGUUUCAAAAGCCACCGGCGCCGUCGCGUACUCGCGAUUCAAGUUUCAGCGUAGAUUCCGAUGAGGAUUACUUUUACUCAUCUCCGGAGGAUGAAGAAGAAUUUUUAACGAAAGAAUUUUCAACUGCGUACGAAGCUGUUCAUGAGGAACGAUUGAGCACAUUGACAAAAACGGAAUUGAUAACGGAAUAUAAGCACUUAGAAGCCAAAAUGGAUUCAUUAACAAAACGAUUACGUAAUAAGAGCAUUCAUCAAAUUGAGGAAAGGGAUUCGGAAAAUAAAAAUGUGUCUACUACAGAUUCCGAGAUAGCGAAGAAAUUGAAGCUGUGUCAACAACGGAUUGACGACCUGCUACAACAAAAUGAGCAGCUAAGACGAGAGAAUGAAAUAUUACGUACUCAAAAGAGAUUACACGCGAGCAGCUCUGAAUCUAGUGUCGACAGUGAAAGCGACAGCGACAGUUCUAGUAAUAGUAAUCAAAGUGGAUGUAGUUGCUCUCUUUCGAGUCCAGUAACAUCUCCUAAGCAUACUUAUAAAUCUAGAUUAGAUAAUAAUAUAAGAACAGAUAACAAAAGCGAUAGCUGCGAUACUAGCCAAAGUGGAAGUCCCACAACAUCUAUAACACCUACUAAUUUCUCUAACGGUCAUGUAAUUCUGAAUGAAACCGGUAGCUUACCCACAUAGAUUUCGAAAUUGUUCCUUGGUACGUAUUGAUAUUACAUUCGAUAUUACAAAAUUAUCAAUACGGCAGGCUGCAUCCAUUCAAUAUAUCUACAGAUUUAAAAGAAGCAGAUUCUUCAGUCAAUUUUGUUGUCAAACAACAUUUGAUCUUUCUUCUAAUAUCUGCUAAAUCUUGUUAAGCUAUCGUUUCUUCAUAUCCCGUUACUAUUUCCUGGUCCAAUCUUCUUUCCCUUGAGACUGUAUGUACGUACAGUCACACAUGGAUACAUAUAUGUGUAACAAUAUAAAUAUAGGAUUAAUAUUCUAUAGGAGAACUAUUCGUAUCUGUUUGUGCUAUUUUGUUAUCUGCUUGGCAAAAUAUUUAUCAUACCUAUCAUGUGUAUUUGCUUCUAUCUCUCCUGUACUUUACUCUAGUAUCGUACACAUGGAAUUUGUAUUUUUCAGCCUGAUUUUUUUUUCUUUUUCGCGUACUGCCAAUUACAAGAGUUAUGUUUGCAAAUAAAGGUCUACAGACCAUCAACUAACGCAGACCUAUGUACAUAUACGCAUGGGUAAAGUGAGAAGCGGAUUCUUUUAGACUCAUCAGAAGUAUUAUAUGUAUAAAAUGUAAUAUUAUCAAAUGUGAUGACCUAUAUUGUAAGAGGUUAAAAAUCUUUGUACAAUUGUAUAGUUUUUAGACAGUAAGACGAAAUGUUAGUUUAUGGUCUGAAAUUGUAAGAUACGCAAAAGUGUUUUUCGCAUUUCCAAUUUUUAAUAAAUUUUAUGUUUUG